CUGGCGGAAACAACGGUGGCCGAUGAGGCUCCUGGCCCUGCUACCUUCCAAGAUGUGCUGAGACAGCGGUAUCAGCUUCCUAGCAGCGAGGUGUGAUCCGCGCCGGGCGGACGCUACCUUCUGGCUCAAGUGGCGCUCGGCCGGGAUCCCUUCUCCCUAAGCGGGGCACCGGGCUUCACCGUCCCGCCGUUCAGGUUCUGUUUCCACAUGUCAGAAUCGGGGCACAGCCAGCCAGGGCUGUAUGAACGCCGCCGUCGCUGGAACCGUGAUAAGGAGCUGGGUCAUCAAAGCUUGUCUGGGCCAGGCCGGGACCGUGAUUAUGUCCCCUGGGACCGGGACCGGGACCGGGACCGGGACCGACGGGAGCCCAUGGAUGAGCCGGUGGGAACCGUGAUGCAGAAGACGCCCAUCAUCCUAGCCAAGCCACCUGCAGAGAGGUCCAAGGGGGCCCCAACCCCCACUCCCACUCCAGCCCCUGCCCCCGCCAUCGAGAAGCCCAUUGUGCUCAUGAAGUCACGGGAGGAAGGCAAAGGCCCUGCAGGACCAGUGGAGACGUCAGCUCAGCCCCCUGUCGCUGUCGCCAAGGUGGAGAAGGAGGGCCAGCGCCCCACGCAGCCCGUCUAUCAGAUCCAGAAUAGAGGCAUGGGUUCCACAGCAUCCAGCGGCAUCAUGGAUCCUGUGGUUGGCCAGGCCAAGCUGCUAGCUCCAGAGAAGAUGAAGCACAGCAUCAAACUGGUGGAUGACCAGAUGAACUGGUGUGACAGUGCCAUCGAGUACCUCCUGGACCAAACAGACGUGCUGGUGGUUGGGGUGCUGGGACUCCAGGGGACUGGCAAAUCCAUGGUGAUGUCACUGCUCUCAGCGAAUCAGCCUGAAGAUGACCAAAGGACCUACGUGUUCCGCACUCAGGGCCAGGAGAUCAAGGAGCGUGGGGGCAACCAGACCAGUGGCAUCGACUUCUUCAUCACCCAGGAGCGCAUCAUCUUCCUUGACACUCAGCCCAUUCUCAGCCCCUCCAUCCUAGACCACCUGAUCAACAAUGACCGCAAGUUGCCUCCGGAGUAUAAUCUACCCCAUACCUACGUCGAGAUGCAGUCCCUCCAGAUCGCUGCAUUUCUUUUCACCGUCUGCCACGUGGUCAUCGUGGUGCAAGACUGGUUUACAGACCUGAGCUUGUACAGGUUCCUUCAGACAGCCGAGAUGGUAAAACCCUCCACGCCAUCUCCCAGUCAUGAAUCCAGCGGCCCUUCUGGCUCAGAUGAGGGCACAGAAUACUACCCGCACAUCGUUUUUCUCCAGAACAAAGCCAAGAGGGAGAACUUCUGUCCCAGGAAUGUGAAACAGACGCACCUUAUUAUUGACAAAAUUAUGAUGCACUCUCAUCUGAAAUACAAGGGUACGCUCUCCAUGUUGGAAUGUAACAUCUUUCCCGGCCUGCCCCAGAGUUACCUGGACUCAGAGGUCAACCUGUUCUUGCUGCCUUUUAUGGAUGCAGAUGCAGAUGAUACUCUGCCCAGAGCAGCCCCAGGAGGCGCCUCCCUCUUCUCCCUCCUGCCCGGGUACAAGGGACACCCUAGUUUCCAGUCGCUGAUCGCCAAGCUUCGGAGCCAGAUUAUGUCUAUGUCCCGGCCUCAACUCUCCCACACCAUCCUCACUGAGAAGAACUGGUUCCACUACGCAGCACGCAUCUGGGACGGUGUGAAGAAGUCCUCUGCUCUCUCCGAGUAUAGCCGCCUGCUGGCGUGAGGAUGACAUUCCCACAGAGGGGCUGCCACGUGCAGCCAGGCUCCCCCGUCCCCCAGGCUGGGAGAACCGGGACAUCUCUGCCCUCACCCAGAGGCGCAGCAAUGCCAGUAUCCCAGAGAGGAGAGCUGUAAGGAGGCGCCAGCAGUUCAAGAUUCCUGGAGUAAAAUGCGGAUUUGGCCAGGUGUCCCCGCUGGGCUGCCGACCUGCCCGCCACCCAGCAUCCACCUGAUUUCCACCUGCGCACUCAGGAGGCUCGUCUGUCUUCCUCUGUGCCAUGACUCCUAGUUUUGCGAGGUCCUUCAGCCAGAGUGGGAAUUAGCCAAGGCGGCCACUAAUCUUCUACCCUGUGGGGGCAGCCAGACUCCCUUGCAGUUGUAGUGGUGGGUCAAGUCAAAGGUCAAUGGGGGAGUUCAUUUGCUGCUUUGAAUACUUUCAGAUGUAUUCCUAAUUCUUCGGUGUUCAGGGCAGUGUGCUCAACCCCAUCUGUCUCUGCUCAACUCUGUCCCUUUCCUUGACAUGCACCCAGUUUUCUUGUUCCUCUGUUGCAAAGUGGAUAAUCCACUCCCCCUUUGCAUGAAUAUUCUAAACUUGUUCAUUAAACUGCUCAAGCAACUUCA